UGUUUCCACAAAGCCACUCAGACUGGUGUUGUCUGGCAUGUUACUACACACAGCCCUUAUUGGGCUUUGCUUGUCGUCACUGCACUCAGCCUCCUAUUCGCAGCUGGUGGGAAGUAGACACACCCUGUAUCCAGCCCACAGCAUUGCACCCGCGUGACAGCUCCCCACACUGACUAGUCACAUCGCUCCCCAUACGAGGUGCCAGCAUGUCCGACUCAGGAGCCCAGGGCGGCGAGAGCUGCAUGAGUCUGUUCAACAAUUAUCUGCGCACCAGGAAAGGGAUCAUCCUCGCUGCAGAGACGGUGCUGUGCUUUGUUAUCGUGGUGUGUUACGGAGCCUCCAAUGUUAGAGGGUACCUCGCUGUUGCUGUCAUAGAACUUGUAUUCUGCAUCGUAUAUUUCGUUGUCUUCGCAGGGAAAUAUGAUAAACAGCUGACCUUCCUUCACUGGGGAUGGAGUGAUUUCCUGCGUUGUGCUGUCGCAUGUCUUCUCUUCCUCAUCACGUCGCUUAUCACGUUGAUCAGUCGUAGCGAUGGGGCUGGCAUAGCAGGAGCGGUUUUCGGUCUUUUAGCUGGAAUCCUAUUUGGUUAUGACGGGUACAUCACUUUACCGCUACUGAGAAAACCCCACGCUGCAGUUCCAACAGAAAACCAGGAAGGAGUCUAACCCCCCGGUACGACAGACAUAAGACCCCCCUGUGCCUCUCACAUAAUGUGCCUUAGCCCUCCCAUGCAGCCGCCGGUGAUAAAGCAGCAGUGCCUUUCAGCAGAGAUUGUUACAGUCGGCCAGCCUGCAAGCUGUUGUGGCACAACAAAUCCCAUAAGUGGGAGUUGCAGUUCCACACAUGCUGGAAUUUCCUGCUGUACACGUCUGCGUUUUAAAGCAGCUGUGAGCAUGUAUAUAUAACAAGGUGCAAUGAUAACCGGGAGAGAGCGUGGAUGAAAGGUUUUGCGGCUUGAUUAUCACUAAACAGAUUUGUCACCGUUAGCUAGACGUUUACUUGAGCUUUUAUAUUUUAUGAUACAUUUCUCACAAACAAUAAAACUUGUGAAUUAC